UCUUAACUCUAAAUGUCAAUCGCAGACUAUGAAAUUAUCUCUGUACUAGGCAAAGGGUCAUACUCAAUAGUCUAUAAAGUUCUUCAUAAAGCCACUAAGCAAUUGUAUGCUAUGAAAAAGGUCAAAAUAGGCAACCUGACUCAAAAAGAAAGGGAAAAUUCGUUAAAUGAAGUUGAUAUUCUUAACUCAAUUAACCAUCCGAAUAUUAUCACGUGCCAUGAGACCUUUACAGACAAGUCUGAUAAAUCUCUAUGCAUUGUGAUGGAGUAUGCUGACUCUGGAGAUGCAUACCAACUUAUGUGCAACCUUAGAGAUAACAAUAAAAUGUUCACAGAGGAGGAAAUAUGGAGAAUUCUGAUCCAGACCACUAAAGGUCUUAAAAAGUUACAUGAUCAAGGCAUCAUGCAUAGAGAUCUGAAGAGUGCUAAUAUAUUUCUGUUCAGUAAUGGUCAAGUCAAGCUAGGCGAUCUUAAUGUUUCUAAAGUUAUGAAAAACAAUAUGGAGUUUACCCAAACAGGAACUCCAUAUUACGCUUCUCCAGAGGUGUGGAAAGAUCAGCCAUAUGAUUAUAAAAGUGAUAUGUGGUCACUUGGUUGUGCUAUGUAUGAACUUAUAUGCCAAAAACCUCCAUUUGAUGCCUCUAGCAUGGAUUUAUUAUAUAAGUCAGUCAUCCAAGGUUAUUUUGACCCGAUCCCACUAAGUUAUAGCUCUGGUUUAGAGAAAAUAAUUAGGUCAAUGAUCAGAGUUGUCGCAGAAAGGAGGCCAUCUUGCAAAGAAAUCCUUUGAAAUAAAAUCACUAAGAAGUGGACUUCAAGAAUAAUUACCAAUUCCAAAAAGAAGCUGGUUGUAUCAAGGAAUACAAAAACAACGAUAUCUCCACAGAAGGAGCAGGUUGUGAAUCCUUUACAAAUAAAUUUACACUCAAGAUCUGAAGCUCCAAGAGAUCGCUCCCCAGAUGAGGAUACUUCUUUCAGAGAUAACUCUGAAAUAAAUGAGACUAGGAGAGAGCAGAUAGAUGCAUAUUCAAGCCUUGGCAAACACUCAAACAAAAAUGUACUCAAUGUUUCUCUUAAAAAGUCCAGAUUUGAACUAAUAAAGAACAACCUUGAAUAUCUUGAGGUAGACAUUUCGGAGUCUCUAGAUCAUGAAGUUAACAAGAGCUACUCUAACAAAAUUAAGAAGAUCUCAAUGAAAAGGAAGCUGGGAAGAAUUCCUUCACUAGAUUAUCAAAGCUCUCAUAGCAGAAAGAACUCCAAAAGUAUCAAUGCAUAUCUAGAUUCUACCAAGAACUACAUACCGAAACCGGUUCUUCAGAAUUCAAUUAAGGAUGAGAUGGUUCAUUUCAUUCCCAAAUUCUCUUCGAGCAAGAAGCUAGAGCUUGAAAACAGUAUCUCAAUAACUUCCAGUCAACUAAAGAAUCUCCCAUUGAGCAAGAAUAUAUCAAAGCCUAAAUAAUUGUCAGAAAAAGCUACCAAUAAUUCAAAACUUUGACAAGAUUCAUCACCUGCAACGCAGCCCAGCCAAGGAUCUUAAUCCGAGUACCAGAUCUAAGUCCCUUGUAAAAUCAAGCUAUCACGAACACAUUGUAGAUAAAAUUUCCUCUCAUAAAAGGAAGCUUAGACGGAAGAUAAAGGAGCACCAGCUACCUUACAUUAACCAUAACCGCAAGAUUCACAAGAUGGAAAAUCUUUCUCUAAGCAGAGCAAACAGAAGCUAUGGAAGAAGAGAUUUAUUUGAGUCAAACGAUUCUACCAGCAGUCAUAUUUCAACCAACGAGCGAAUCCAACUCCAAAACAGUUCUUCCCGUGUGCGUAGCAAUUCCAAAUAAGCUGAACCUUCUCGACAGCACAAUCCUCCACUCAAACAAGGGCAAGAACCUCAUCAUCAUCAACAAGGACCUCAGCUUAAAACUCAACAGUUCAUCGAACACCAGUACUCGGAAUCAGCCCUAAUCUCAGUCGUAGUCAUGUCAAUGCCAAUGAGUAUUCUACGCAGCACACAAAGCCUGUGAAUAUAAAGCAGACCUAUCGUAGUAUAAGGAAAGCCAUGCCCACACUCUCGCCGAAGCUAGCAAAGAACCACAGCGGAGUGUUUAAAGCUUAUACAACUCAUAAAAAUCAUGAUCAUCUUAGGAAACAGCCGACUCAGAAAGGACUAGGAUUAAGCGGAUCUCGAGAAAGUG